UUCGAUGGGAAAUAGGAAGCGUUCUGCCAGACAAGGUUAUGGUCGCACAUAUACCGUAAAGAAUUACAAAAAUAAAUUUUCAUGUAGUCAUCAAUAGACGGAAAUUUUACCGUCUCAUUCAAUUAUUUCUUCAAUAAAAAUAAGAUAUCCCAUAUUGACAAUUUGCCAAGAUGUCUGGAGGUAUGCUAUACGGUGGGGACGAGAUAGGAGCACUGGUGUUUGACUUGGGUCAUCAUUCCCUAAGAGUGGGCUACGCCCAGGAGGACACGCCAAAGGCAGAGAUCCCAGCCGUCGUUGGUAUAGGGGAAGAUGCCAAUGGCACAGCUGCCAAAGUUGACCACAUGGAUAUUGACGACAAAAAGCCUGAUAACAAUAUCACACAAAGUGGGUCCAAAUACUACAUUGAUACUACAAUUCUUCAUGUUCCACGUAAAAAUAUGGAGAUUGCGAGUUACAUGAAGGAUGGCAUGAUCGAAGACUGGGAUCAUUUCGAAAAGGUUCUAGAUUACACUUACUCAAAGAUAAUUCAAUCCGAUGCCGAAUACCAUCCUGUGUUAUUCUCCGAAUCACCAUGGAACAUACGCAGUAAGAGAGAAAAGUUGACCGAGCUGAUGUUCGAGAAGUACAACGUGCCAGCUUACUUCCUCGUGAAAAAUGCAGUCUUGGCUGCAUUUGCGAAUGGCAGAGCGACUGGCAUUGUAGUGGACAGUGGAGCGACGCAUACAUCCGCGGUGCCAGUGCAGGAUGGAUUCGUAUUAACACAGGCCAUUGUCAAAUCUCCUCUUGGCGGAGAUUACAUAAGCAUGCAAUGUAGACAGUUCUUACAGGAUAAUGAUAUCGAUUUAUCGCCUCCUUACAUGGUGGGCAGCAAAGAGGUAGUCAAAGAUCACGACAAACCACGAUGGAUCAAGAAGAAAGGGCUACCAGAAGUCACCAAAUCUUGGCACAAUUACAUGGUAAAGAAGAUAAUUCAAGAUUUCCAAGCCACGAUUCUUCAGGUGUCCGAAACGCCAUAUGACGAGAAGAUUGUUUCGACGAUACCUGCGGUUCAGUAUGAAUUUCCCACUGGAUAUCAUCAGGAGUUUGGAAGCGAGAGAUUUCGAAUGCCGGAAGCGUUGUUCGAUCCUAGUAUGGUGCAAAUGCGGGGAGGAAUGGUCGGAAAUACUAUGUUGGGCGUGGGCCACAUUGUCACAACUAGUGUUGGCAUGUGCGACGUGGAUGUGCGACCGGCGCUUUAUGGCAGCGUCGUUGUAACUGGCGGCAACUCAUUCAUCCAAGGAUUCCCGGAACGUUUGAAUAGAGAUUUAUCCAUGAGAAUACCAUCCAGUAUGCGUCUCAAAUUGAUCAGCGCGAACGGUUGUGCGGAGAGGAGAUUUGGCGCUUGGAUAGGCGGCUCGAUAUUGGCAUCGAUCGGCACUUUCCAACAGAUGUGGAUCUCCAGCCAGGAAUACGAAGAAAGCGGGAAAAGUCAAGUAGAAAGGAAAUGUCCUUAAAUCGUUAAUAGUUCGUUGUGUGUCCCUUUCCUCCAUUUUUCCGUCGAGUCACGUUGGUGUCAGUGUCUGUACAAACGUCUGUACAAACGCAAGGAACGAGUACAAUUUUGCGAAUAAAAGAAUCGAUGACGUCGUGCACUGCUUGAUACUAUAAGAAUAUAGAACCAGACUUCUUUUUAAUAAAACGAUUUUGAUAAUAUUAUGCCAUGAUGAUGAUGAACACUUGUAAUGGUAAUGGGGAAUCACAGCUGCUCACAUUCGAUAUAUACAUAUAUAUUUGAAUAAAUAUAUUUUAUCCAAACAAAUAUGACAUAUUACGUAUUGUUCAAAAUAUUAUAAAUAGUGCAACUACUAAACGAAAGAAUUUCAUCUUUACUAUCAAUGUUCUCCGUGCAUGACGAAAUUUUUGUAAAUUGUAAUAAGAUUUUUUAUAAAGAUAUAAAAACUUACCGUGACAGGCUGUAUCUUUGAAA